CGACUGUUGCAAAUGGUGGAUUGCGUUUCUUUUUCUCGUGCUCCGUGUAAAAUAUUUACGUAAAAUAGUGCAAAUCUUGUGGUGCAGUGUUUCUGACUAUUAGAAACAUGUCGGAAACACUGCCGAAUAACAAAAAACAAGUUCCAAGGCAACUGCGUGAACGCAAGCAGCGUAAACUCUAUUCCGAUGAGUGGGCCCUUGGUGAUGAUGAAGCGGAGGGUGGUCGUGGAUUCUCGCUCGCUGACAAGCUGGAGAGUGCACGGUUUGAACACAACGGUGCUGUUGUGGAGAUGCAUGGUACAGAUCUCACCGUUGCCUAUCUACAGAAAAACGGUUUCACUACUCCGUUGCUUUUCAAGGAGAAAACUGGAUUGGGGUUGAGGGUACCAACCAGCAACUUUACAGUGAACGAUGUGCGCAUGUGCGUCGGCUCCCGCCGACUCCUCGAUGUUAUGGAUGUAAACACGCAAAAAAACAUCGAGAUGACGAUGAAGGAUUGGCAGCGUUACUACGACGAUCCGAACAAAGAAAGGCUGUUGAACGUAAUCUCACUAGAGUUCUCUCACACACGGCUCGAGAACUACGUGCAGGCGCCUCGGAUUGUACGCCUGAUCGACUGGGUGGACACAGUGUGGCCUCGGCAUCUGAAGGACCAGCAGACCGAGUCCACAAACGCUCUGGACGAUAUGAUGUACCCAAAGGUACAAAAAUACUGCCUCAUGUCGGUCAAGGGCUGUUACACAGACUUUCACAUUGAUUUCGGCGGAACAUCAGUUUGGUACCACAUUCUGAGAGGUGCAAAAGUAUUCUGGCUAAUUCCACCUACAGAGAAGAAUCUUCAGCUGUAUGAGAAGUGGGUACUCUCGGGCAAACAAUCGGAUGUCUUCUUCGGAGACACUGUCGAGAAGUGUAUCAGAGUACAUCUACAAGCAGGGUACACGUUUUUCAUACCAACUGGAUGGAUUCACGCUGUGUACACGCCAAGCGAUUCGCUCGUGUUCGGAGGAAACUUCUUGCACCCAUUCGGAAUUGAGAAGCAACUCAAAAUAGCUCAAGUCGAAGAUGUUACGAAGGUGCCUCAAAAGUUCCGGUACCCGUUCUUCACGGAGAUGCUCUGGUAUGUUCUGGACCGCUACGUGAGCGCGCUGCUGGGUCGAUCCCACCUGGCUGCCGAGGGCGGGUCGCCGCCCGUCCCCGCGACCGCCCCCACCCCGCCCAAGGACCACGUGCACCUUACUCAGAAUGAGUUGCACGGCCUUAAGGCGAUCGUGGUGUACCUGCACCAGCUGCCCGCCGCGCGCAAGUCCGUGCCCGAGCUGCUGUCCGACCCCAUCGCGCUCGUGCGGGACGUGCGCACGCUGGUGGAGCAGCACCGCCACGACAAGCAGGCGCUCGCCGUCACCGGCGUGCCCGUGCUCAAGGGGCCCGAGGAGUCCGCGACGGCUGAGAGGCGGCAGUCGAGCGGGCGCGGUGGACGGGGAGGGGGCCGCGGAGGGACGCGGCCGCGGCCCGACCACGCCAACAGCGCGCCGCGUCGUCGUCGCACCAGAUGUAAGAAAUGCGAGGCUUGUCAGCGCACGGACUGCGGUGACUGCGUGUUCUGUCAUGACAUGGUUAAGUUUGGUGGACUGGGCCGCGCCAAGCAGACUUGUAUUAUGCGUCAGUGUCUACAGCCCAUGUUACCAGUGACCGCGUCCUGUGCCGUGUGUCACCUGGACGGCUGGAUGCAGACGCCCGUCGCGCCGCAGGCUAAGGGUAACUCGGGUCGCAACGGCCCGUCCUCCCUGCGCGAGUGCUCGGUGUGCUACAGCAUCGUUCACCCCGCCUGCGUGCCUCCCGGCGGCCAGAUCAACGAGGACCUGCCCAACUCGUGGGAGUGCCCCACCUGCACCACCAUGGGCCUCAACCACGACUACAAGCCGCGUCAUUUUCGAGCUCGUCAGAAGUCGUCAGACCUGCGCCGGAUGAGCGUGGGUUCCGAUCCAUGUCAAAUAUCACAGUUUAACUCCAAAAAUAAAUUACCAGCACCCCCUCCAAUGAUAAAUGUUAAGUCAGAAGUCGGCUCAGACACGGAGAGCAAAGUUGACAGUGGUGAUAUCAUAAAGACGGAAGAUGAUAUAAAGUUAGAAGAGGAGCGGGGCACUGAGGGCGGUCGGGCUGAAGGUGAACGCGGUGAAGGAGAGCGUGAUGGCGAGUGGGAGCCGGCCACCAAGAAGCGACGCCCUAGUGAUGAAGAUGAAGCGCCCAAGAAGCAGGCCCUGAGAGCGCACCUAGCUUUGCAGCUCACACACCACUCUGCUAAGGCGUUAAAGAAACCUCUGUACCCAGUCCGACCAGCCCCGAUACAGUUCACAAACUCUACGGGCUCACCGUGGUUGGACCGAGAGGCAAUGUUGUGUGUGUUCGCUAAACUAACGCCCCACGAACUGGCAACGUGUGCGUUAGUCUGCAAGGCAUGGGCUGAAUACUCGAUUGACCCGUCGCUGUGGCGCAGCAUGUCGUUCGUGCAGGUCCGCGUGUCGGCGGCGCAGCUCACCGGCAUCGCGCGCCGCCAGCCGCUGAGCCUCGGCCUCGAGUGGUGCCACCUGGCGCGCCGCCAGCUCGCCUGGUUACUUGCACGUCUACCUGCACUAAGAUCUUUAUCGCUAGCAGGCUCUCCAGCUGAAGCAGCAUUGGCUCUGAGAUCAAGUUCAUGUCCCCCACUCACAGCUUUAGACUUAUCCUUUGCGAGAUGUCUGGACGAUGCUAAGUUAAGGGGAAUAUUAGCACCCCCAGAGAAUUCAAGGCCAGGUGGCGGGGCCCGGUCAGGAACUGAACCGUCAAGACUAGCAGCAUUGGCUGUACUGCGCCUUCCGGGCACAGACAUUACAGAUGUUGCUAUGUUAUAUAUAGUUCAGGCUCUUCCGAAGCUGUGCGAGCUGGACGCGUCGUCGUGCGCGCGGCUGACUGACGCGGGCGCGGCUCAGCUCGCGCACCACGGCCUGCAGCGCCUGUCGCUGGCGGGCUGCCGCCUGCUCACCGAGGCCGCGCUCGACCACCUGGCGCGCUGCCCCAACCUCGUCAGAUUGGACCUGCGGCAUGUACCUCUCGUAUCGACGCAAGCGGUUAUCAAAUUCGCCGCUAAGUCAAAACACAACCUUCACGUUAAGGAUGUUAAGCUUGUGGAGUUGAGGAACACCUGAUCCGAGGCUGAGGCUGCCGAGCCGGUGGCUGACCCUCAACCUGAAUCUGUACCACAAGUGACUGAGUGAACCUGAACCACAAGUGACUAAGUGAACAAAUUAAGUGAUUUAAAGUGAAAUGUUGAUAUAGUGAUCCAAUGCGUGUUGUUUAACAUGUUUUGACAUGAUACUCAACAUUACAUUACACUGAUUAGAACUAAGAUUUUACAGACGGUGAUGUAUUAUAGAACUAAACAUCCAUAGAAGUUAGUAAAUAUACUUUAAAUAUCUAUUUCCGUUUUAAGA